AUGGCUCCUCGUAAAAACAAGCCAAUCGUCCAAGUUCAAGGAUAUGCAAUGCGAUUCAAAAAAAUGAACCAAAAUGGAACAGAGCUUUUUUACUGUGUCGAGCGAGAAAGAGGAGCUCGAUGUGAUGCAGCUUAUCAUUUCGACAGAAUGAACAACACGUUCACUGUUAAAAAGCAAAAUGUGAGACACGACGUGGAUUUUGUCAGAAGUGAAGCAUUCCUCGUGCGCCAGGAAUUGAAAAAAUGUGCGAAUGAUGGAAAACCCCGUGAAGUGGUUGAUGAGGUUCGAGCCAAGUUCUCUCCAGUUGCUUCAGUUGCUUGCGGUCAAUCAAAACAGAACACUCACCAACGCAUUGAAGGACGGGAGACUCAUCAAGACGCUAAUAAAUCAGUCAAUCCCGCCAAAUAUGCCUUUGACUGGUCUCAAUUUAUUAGACGCCAUCUCGGACGCCCAUUCUGUUUAAAAGUCAUGAAAUCUUUCUUUUUUUAA